UGACGGAGCGCUGGGCACACUCGGCUACACUGAAUGACAAGUAAUUUCUGUUCGAUUUGCCAAACAAACUUGUAAAUUUAUAUACUUGAAAAAGAUGGCGCGCCGCUAUGAUUCCCGCACCACGAUCUUCUCGCCGGAGGGCCGCCUCUACCAGGUAGAGUACGCCAUGGAAGCCAUUUCGCACGCCGGCACUUGCCUGGGCAUCCUGGCCGAGGACGGCAUCCUCCUCGCCGCCGAAUGCCGCAGCACAAACAAACUGCUGGACAGCGCCAUUCCCUCGGAGAAGAUCUACCGCCUGAAUGAGAACAUGGUCUGCUCUGUGGCCGGCAUUACGUCCGAUGCCAAUGUGUUGACCGCCGAGCUGCGCCUGAUCGCCCAGCGCUACCAGUUCAGCUACGGCGAGGUGAUCCCCUGCGAACAGCUGGUCUCGCACCUGUGCGACAUCAAGCAGGCGUAUACCCAGUACGGAGGCAAGCGCCCCUUCGGCGUUUCCCUGCUCUACAUGGGCUGGGAUAACAAGUACGGGUACCAGUUGUACCAGUCAGAUCCCAGCGGCAACUACGGCGGCUGGAAGGCCACUUGUAUCGGAAACAACUUCGGGGCCGCCAUCUCAAUGCUGAAGCAGGAGCUGGCCGACAAAGAGAACGUGAAACUGACACUCGAGGACGCCAAGGACCUGGCGGUCAAAGUGCUCUGCAUGACCCUAGAUACCACCAAGCUGACGCCUGAAAAGGUGGAGAUGGCCACGCUGCAGCGCGUGGACAAUGCUACAGUCUACAGCGUGCUCGAGAAGCCCGACGUGGAGAAGCUGAUCGAGAAGUACAACAAACUGCAGGCGGAGGCUGAGGUCGCCAAGAAGGAGAAGCAGUCGAAGCAGCAGGCCAAGCCCUAAGCCCGCCUCCCUGUUCAUUGGUGGAUAGCUACAUGCAUAAUUACUGAUUUUUGUAUUCGAGGAGUGUGAAAUAAAAUUUCAAAAAAGAAA